AUGGAAAGGUCCCCCUCUCCGGGGGAGAAGGCGCGGAGGCGGCGGGAGGAGCGGGAGCGGGAUCGCCUUGAGCGGAGCGGAUCCGAGGGGGAGGAGGAUGGGCGGAGAGGGGGGGCGGUGGGGGGCGGCGGGGAGGGGGAAGAGGUGGGAACGCGGGGGGGAUGGGGAAGGGGGGGAGGGGGGUUGGAAGGCGACGCGUCUCGUGAUGCUGGGGGCGGGUAUUACGGUGGUAGUGGGGUGUAUGGCGGGUGUGGUGGGGCGUAUGGUGGUGGUGGUGGUGGUGCAGAGGGUGCGGCAGGAGGGGACGUGGAUAUGUCAGCUGCGGAUGCUUCAGUGGGUGGUUACGGUGAUGCCGCCGUUGCUGCUGCUGCUGCUGGUGGUGCUCCUUCUGUGCUGCCCCCUAUGCCGCCUCUGCCGCCGCCUCCCCCGCCCCCCAUUGACCCCGAGGCGGAGAUGAGGAUGAUGGAGAUGAUGGGCAUUCCUAUGGACUUCAACACCACCAAGGCGGAGAUGAGGAUGAUGGAGAUGAUGGGCAUCCCCGUGGACUUCAACACCACCAAGGUGAGCGGGUGA